CAUCCAUCAACAGUUUUAUUUUGAGCUGUUCCAAAAAGUAAUCAGAUGAGGAUAGAACAUGGUCACACGACAGCAGGGUAAAGUCGGCCCGCAUAAUGGUGAAGAUUUGGACUGGGUUGAGACUAAACUGACCCUAGAUCUGUGCACACUGCAACCCAAUAGAGCCGAUAACAGGUGCGCAGUUUAUAAAUUACACGCCACUUUCACUUGCACUGGCGCUGGCGAGCGAUUUGUCCUGGUGAUAUUGGUUCAAUCUUCGUUAACGCAAAUCUGCAAUUUUGCUGAUUCACUUCGGAGCAAAUCAACAUGGGACGGCUAAAUUUUUUCGUCCUCUGGUCGUUAAACGAUGCACCCCGUCAGUUUAUCAGCAAAUCCAAUCGCCAGUGCCACCAAGUCCAUGUUCCAUUGCCACUUCCCAAACAACUUGUUGUAUUCAGUCUUGGGGAAUGGCGGUUCUUAUCAAGCGAGACAACCAUUUCAGUUGAUGUUCUGGUUAGCCAGGACGUGAAACCGCAGAGGAUUGGUACAUUGUCAGACCAGACAAGAUGCUUGACUUGGGAGGGAGAUUGGAAUGCUGACCUUGUCCAAGAGGCAACAGAGAAAGGGAGGAGAGGAGUAUAUGGGAAGGUUUUGCUCACUGUUUGUGGAGAGAAUGAAGCCAGUUUCAUCAGCAAUACUCCACCUGUGCCAAGAAAACACUCCAGCCCAGUCGCGCACAACAGCCAUCUCUCCCAUACUCUGCUCAACAACUCUGGGAGUCAGAGGAUUACAACCCCCAACUCAUCACAUCUAGGAGACAGCAUUUGCUAUGCCGAACUCAAAGCUAACAAGACAGAAAUCAAUGAUUCCAUUUUGUCUGAGAAACCCUGUAUUUCGCUUACGGAUAAGACCCCCAGACGGACGGUGAUUGGGAAGAGGGGUCGCAUCGCAUGGAGCCCUGAAAUUAUUCCUCAGGAGCACACUGGUCGAGCAUCUAGCCCCCAAAAAAUAAAGCUAUCUAGAGAGAACAGUGUUGAGAAGACUGGAAUGAAGAAGACCAACUGCAGAGCAGUUUGCCCAUCAAAGCGCUGGAGUCACACCAUGUGUCUGAGUGAUCCUGAGACGGCCAUUGUCAUUGGAGGAGAAGCUUCUGACCAGACUCACUGCGAGGACUCCCUAUGGAAACUGGAGAUAGACAAUGAUUUUUGGUUCCCAAUGAACUCCUCCACCUCUGGACCUGUCCCACCGUGUGCCCAUGGCCACUCUGCAACCUAUGACCCUGAUUCCAAGGUCGUCUACGUGUACGGUGGCCUGAGGGAGGGCCAGCGCUACAGCGACCUCUAUAUCCUCAACACUCUAACCUGGAAGUGGAAGCUUGUCACAGCAAGAGGUGAUAUCCCCAUGUUGGCCUACCACUCUGCAACUAUCUAUAAGAAAGAACUCUUUGUUUUUGGGGGGGUUCACCCAAGCCGCUGUCCUGGAGGCAAAGUCUGCAGUAAUGCUCUGUACAUUUUUAACCCAGAGUUUGAGCUCUGGUACCAACCCAUCGUCGAGGGGGACCGACCUCUACCUAGGUUUGGGCACACAACCACGCUUUUGUCCAACCAGUUGCUCAUUUUUGGUGGCAGGAAGACUGCAACCUACCUAAACGACCUCCACAUUUUGGAUCUUGGCUUCAUGGAGUACACAGCUGUGAAAUAUGAGAACAUGCCACCACUGCCUCGAGGAUAUCAUGCAGCACUGCCAGUAUCAGACAACAGGAUGCUGGUCAGUGGCGGUUGCAGUGCUGUUGGAGCCCUGCAGGAUGUUCAUAUCUUCAACACGGACACCAGUAUGUGGCAGUCAGUGGUCUCCCCUCUGCUCUGCGCCAGGCCUCGUGCCGGACACAGUGUGAUCAAUCUGGGAGGCUCUAUCAUCUCAGAUGCUGAUAAACAGAAGCAGGGGGAGUAUGCCAACAUCCACUGCACCGUCUUGGUGUUUGGGGGCUCUGACUGCGCUGGGACCUUCUACAAUAACACAAUGAAGUGCACAGUGGAGAUCCCUGUAGAAUAAGAGACUGGAUCUUAAGGGGGAG